AUGAAGCUGCUCACCACCUUUCUCCUUGUGGCCCUUCUAGCUCUUUGGGUGGGAUUCCCCUCCACAACCGGGAGUGACAUCCCAACAGUAAUUCCACAACAUUUCCCCCCUGUUUCCCCUCUGUUGUCACCAGAAGGUAAAGUUCAACAGAACCCGGGGGUGUGCCCAAGAGAUCACUGCAGAUGCACUGGUCCUCAGCCUGAUGAGUGCAAGAGAGAUUGUUCUUGUAAAGAAAAGAAGAAAUGUUGUUUCUCUUGUUGUGCAAUGCACUGUGUGGACCCAGAAUAAGAAGAUCCGGGAUCCAGGUAGUACUUUAUAUUCACUUUCUUCUCAAGGAUGCACUGGGUUCCAUAUUAUCAGGGUCUUGAUGAAAUAUCCUCCAUGCUUCCUUCACUUUAGCCCGUAGCCUCAUCUCCCCAUUCUUUCCUUUCUUUCUUGG